UGGCUGACCCAGGAGUUCUCCUGCUGCAGCAUCGAUAGUAGCCGCGGAGGUGUCCUUCAGUUGCAGCUGCUGCAGCGCGUGGGACUGUGCAGCGGCCUGUGCGAGAGAUUUUCGGAGCUCGAUCGACGUCGCGGAUGUCGAAUUGUCUCUCGCGGAUGUGUUCGCGCCGCUCGCUUUUACCCGAAAGCUGCAGCUAUAACUUCUCGACGCGACUACCACUGCGUUUCCGGCCCUGCGCUCGCUAGCCUCGCGCACAACUCGACGCUUUUCUUCUUUUUCUUCUGCUUCUUCUUCUACUACUGCAAAGUGCAAGACAAAGAAAAUAUAGGUAUAUAUCUGGUAAACGUCCUGCUUGAGCGACUGCGAGCCGCUGCCUGCAAGUACAAAUAAGCAGUGCCGCGCCGCCAGCACCUUGACCCGAAAAGCCGUUCGGCUGUCGGCGGCAAUGCGCCGAUCUGCUGCAGAGUCUCUUCGCCAGCACUAGCUAGCUAGUAGCGCCGCAUUUGCCCGCGCCGAUCCAUCUCGGCAGGAUGGAGAUUAUUGUGUAAGUCUCGUGCGGCGCUGUGUACCUAAGAGAGGCAGGCCAGAGCCAGGCCGAGGCGCACCACGCACACACACAGCCUGUAAUCAGCUAUAUAGAGAAGCAAGAUAAAAAAAAAUUAACACUCUCUCUCUAUCUCUCUUUCUCUCUCACUCUCUCUCUCUCUCUACCUGUGGGCCUGCAGCGACGCACGAGCAGCGAGAGGUUUCUCUAAGAGACUACACGGCGGGCGCGCGGCACUACACGCUCGAUAAGCCAUAGUCGCGCUCGCGACUACGCGGCUUAGUGUCGUACCGUCCGUAGUGGCGAGAGUGCGAGCCUCGCGAUCCGAGACUGGCAGCAGCUGUCUGCGUGUUGUGUUGUUGUGCGAGUCUACGAUCAGCUGCGCAGCAGCCGCAGCAGCAGUAGCAGCAGCUUUAAAAGGCCGCGCGUUAUCGUAGAAUGAAGGACUCUGUGUUCGAUAUAAGUGACAUGACGACACGGAAUUACACGGCUUCGCGGCGCAAUUGGAUCAUCGGCAUGAUACUGUUGUUCGUGCUGGUGCUCGUGGUGACCGGCGCGGCCGUGCCCCUACUGGGCAACCACAAGGCCAGCGACGUGGACGCCCUGAAGAGCGAUCAGCCGGCGCUGGCCUAUCCCGGCGUGACGCUCCGCGAGUGGCUCAACGGCUCGUUCAACGCGCGCAGCUUCAACGGCACCUGGCUCAGCGGCCGCGAGAUACUCUACGAGGACGACAACGGCGACAUCGUCAUCUUCGACGUGCAGGCGAGGCGAUCGCGCAGCGUCUUCAACAUCAGCAGGACCGCCAACAUGGCCAGCUUCGACCAGCAGUUCUCGGCCGAUCGCAAGUACCUGCUGCUGGCCUUCAACUAUCAGAGGCUCUUCCGUCACACCUACCUGGCCCAGUACAAGAUCGUCAAUUUGGAGACGCGGGAGGAGACGCUGCUGCGCAGCAACGGCCUGGGAGCCCUGCAGCUGGCUCUGUGGGCCCCCGAGGGCAACGGCCUCGUCUACGUCUACCAGAGCAACAUCUACUACAGGCCCGAGGCCGAGAUCGACAAGGACUAUCAGAUCACGCACACGGGCGAAUUCGGCCGCGUCUACAACGGCGUGCCCGACUGGGUCUACGAGGAGGAGAUCUUCGCCUCCAACAAGGCCAUGUGGUUCUCGCCCUCGGGCAACAAGUUGGCUUUCGGCUACUUCGACGACACCUUCACGCCCAUCAUGAGCAUACCCUACUACGGCCUGCCGGGCCCGAGGAAUCAGUAUCCCUCGGUCAUUCCCGUGCACUAUCCCAAGAGCGGCGUGCGUAAUCCCACGGUCAAGCUGUUCCACGUGGACCUGGAGGCUGUGGCCAAAGGCAGCAACGUAGAACUCGUCGAGAUCAAGCCCCCGGCGCCGCUAGCCAAUCAGGAGGCCAUUCUGGCCACUGUGGCCUUCCCCACGGAGGACCUGGUCUCGGUCACCUGGAUGAAUCGAGUCCAGAAUCAGGCCUACUUCCGCAUGUGCAGCGUCGCCAAUCACAAUUGCUCCACAGCCCUCGAGUACAGAGAGAAGCACGGCUGGGUCGAGCAGUUCAUUCCGCCUCUGUUCAGCAAAGACGGCAAGUCCUUCCUGCUGAUCCUGCCGCAGAAGCAAAACGACAACGACUACUGGCGACACGUGACCCUCGUGUCCGAAGCGACGAGUCCGGCUCCCAAGACCACCGCCCUCACGUCGGGCCUGUUCGUCGUGCUCGAGAUCGUCUCCUGGGACGAGGCCAACAAUCAAGUCUACUACCUGGCCAACACCGAGAAGGAUCCGGCUCAGAAGCAUCUGUACCGGGUGUCGAGCGCCGAGGGACUCAACGCCGUGCCUCGUUGCCUCAGCUGCAAUAUCACGAGCGGCGGCAACGACGACGACGACGAUCUCGAGAGUCGCCGCGACUGCACCUACAAUUCGGCCGAGUUCUCCCAGGACAGCUCGUACUACGCCCUGACUUGUGCCGGGCCGGGAGUGCCCGAGGUCACCAUUCACGACCGCGACUCCAAGAGAAUCGUCACCUGGGAGAGCAACCGCGCCAUCGCGAAACGAAUAGGCAAAAAGUCGCUGCCCAUCCAGAAGAAGCUGCGAGUGCCCGUGCCCGGUGGCUUCGAGGCUCGCGUGAAGAUGCUGCUGCCGCCUAACGCCGAUCUCUCGGGCAGGACCAAGUACCCCAUGCUGGUCUACGUGUACGGCGGGCCCGAUACCAACGAGGUCACCGACAAAUUCAACAUCGACUGGGGCACGUACCUGGUGACGAACAAGAGCAUCAUCUACGCGUCGAUCGACGGCCGCGGCACCGGUUUGAAGGGCAACCGCAUGAUGUUCGCCGUCUAUCGCAGCCUCGGCACGGUGGAGAUCGAGGACCAGCUCAACGUCACCGCCUACCUGCAGAACAAUUUCGCCUACAUCGACAGCCAGCGCACCGGCAUCUGGGGCUGGAGCUACGGCGGCUACGCCACGGGCAUGGCGCUGGCCAUGGAUCUGCGCGGCACCUUCAAGUGCGGCAUCUCGGUGGCGCCCGUCACCGACUGGACCCUCUACGACUCCAUCUACACCGAGCGAUUCAUGGGCCUGCCCAACAGCGACGACAAUCUGCUCGGCUACAAUCGUAGCCUGCUGCUGAACAAGGUGGCCAACAUACGCAACAAGGACUAUUACCUGAUUCACGGCACCCUCGACGACAACGUGCACUAUCAGCAGUCGCUCUUCCUCGCCAAGUUGCUCGAGGAGCAGGACAUUCUGUUCCAGCAGCAGACUUACACCGACGAGACCCACGACAUCGCUCGAAGCCGCACUCAUUUGUAUCACUCGAUGGGCAAAUUCCUCGAUCAGUGUUUCAAAUUGUCCUCAUAAGAUCCUUCUUUGUGUGCCUGGCGAGUAAUAGCGAGUGAAGAAAAAUGUUCCUAAUCUAUCCCUCAUUUUACCGUUAAUUUUUUUUCUUUUUUUUUGUUAAAACGUUGAAAUCUCAAAAAUUUUUAGCCUAUUUAAAUUUUUUAGGCUUAACUUUAAAACUAAACUAUUAGUUAUAUUGAGUGCUAUUUUAAAUUUAUGAUGAAGCAAUUAAUUGGCCUUGAGUGUGCUCCAAAAAAUUAAAUUUUAAUUUGGAAAUAUUAUAAUUCAUUAUAAUUAUAACAAAUCAGCCAACAUUGAACUUUUAAUUUCAUCAAGAAUCGUUAUUAAAAUAUAAUAGUUUUUUAAUAAUAAAAUUUUGUGCUGCAUCAAGUAAAUAUUCAUACUUGAUUAUUUUUAAAUUAAAGUAUAUAAAAUAAUUAUUAACGAAUGAUCAACAACGAAGUAUAAAUUACUAUACAGCACUUUUUACUAAGCUACACAUGAACGUUUUACUGUGACUUUUUAUACUGUACGAUUAAGAUCAAAAUCGUGAUCUUAUUUAAGUUAAUUUGUUUGACAUCUUAUUUAAUUAAAUGUUGAAUUUCAUUUUUUACACCGAGUUAAUUUUUAAAAUACGUAAUUCUAUGAGGAAACACAAACUUGUAAAAGCAUCAUGUAAAGCAUAUCAUUCAACGUUAGAUUGUAUCGAUAAUUUUUUGUUUCCGCUCAACGGCAAGCUACUUUAAGCUCACUUUAUUGUUCCCUUCACGCACAUUUACACGCGUAAGUUAAAUUAAGUUUAUGUAUUACUUUCAUUCAUUAAAAAAUGUAUUUGUAUGUCAUCAAAAGGACGAAUCGAUAUAUGACAAUAUUUUUCUACGUUACAGUACAAACAUUUGUUACACAUAUAUUUUUGUAGAGGCCCCAAAAGCCCGAAGUAACUGCGACCAAAAUAAAAGUUGGUUAUUCAUAUA